GGGGAAAAUACACGGGGAGGUCAGGGUUCUUAUUCAAAUUUUUUUAUUUUUUAGUUAUGUUCCCCCUCCAAUUUGGGGAAGAAAUGGACAUUUACAAACAAUGUUUUAUGGAAUACUUGGUCAUCAUUCUCUUAAAAGAGCUUUUGACAAACGCCAUUUUAUUGUUUUAAAAGAUGGAGCUACUGCUACAUUUGAUGUUUUUGAGCCAAUUUUUAAAGAAUCGAAAAAGAAUGUCGAUAUUACUUUGGUUUUUUGCCCUGGAAUUGCUAAUUGUAGCGAAUCAAAUUAUAUUCGAACAUGUGUCCAUCUUUUACAAGAAAAUGGCUAUAGAUGUGCAGUUCUCAAUCAUUUGGGUGUUCUCAAAAAUGUUCCUUUAACUUCUACAAGAAUUUUUUCUUAUGGUGGAGAUGGGGAGUUAGAAGCUAUAUUUAAUUCUCUCUUUAUUCUCUAUCCUUCUACUCGUUUUAUUGGUGUUGGCUUUAGUAUGGGAGCAAAUGUCAUGACUAAUUGUUUGGCUAAAUUGGAAAAAUCAAUUCUUUCUAGAAUUAUUUUGGCUAUUUCUGUUUGUCAAGGAUAUUCCGCUAGAGACACAGCACCCCUUUUCAUGGAAUGGGAAUCUGGGCGUCGAAUUUAUAAUUAUAUAAUAACUGAAAAUGUAAAGCGUUUGCUCCGCCAUAAUUUUGCAAUGGCUAUACAGCCACAUGUAAAUUCUGGAUUGAUUAAUGAAAAGCAACUUUGGUCUUCAACUUCGCUUUUAUGGUUAGAUGAGUGUUAUAGUCGAAGAAUUUAUGGAUUUUCAAGUCUUGAGGAUUAUUAUGAGGAAAUUAGUUGUUUACAACACAUUAAGGGAAUAAAAUUGCCAAUGAUUUUUAUAAAUUCUCUUGAUGACCCUCUCAUCCCAGAAACAUUGUGGAAGCCAGUUAAAGACAUUUGCAAAUCACAUCCUCUUCAUGCAUUUAUUUUACUCAAACAUGGUGGCCAUUUAGGAUUUUUGGAAGGUAAAUCUCCCAUUCAUCCACGUUCUGUUACUUGGUUAGAUCGUUUUAUUCUUCAAUUGGCGGAAGCUGUAAAUUCGCAAAUGGAAAGUGUUGGUGAAUAUUCUGGUAAUUUAAAUGACUUUAAAGAUGAUAGACGAAAAAGUUUUUGA